AUGGCAAGCAAACAAGAAUUCCGUGUUCGAGAUUUAAGCACUCGAAGUGUUUUAAUCUUUCCAACUAGAGCUCAGAUUGUUCGUGAUAUCAGAGAUAUCACAUUACAGACCGGAACCAAUCAAAUCAUCAUCGAUGGACUUGCUCCAACCAUUGAUGAACACUCCAUCAAAGUUGAAGGAAAUGGUUCCGCCACCAUCACGGAGGUAUCUGUUGAUCUUCUACCUAAUCGUGAUGUUUACGAAGAAGUUUAUUCAUCCGACUCUGAGCUUGAGGAAGAAACAGAUGAUGAUUCCUCGGACUCUGAAGAUGAAUCGAUGAAGCUUGUCGAUACCAAAAUCAAGCAAGUGAACCGUUUGCUCGCCCAAGAAACCGAGAAGAUUAAUUCUGUUGCGAGUCGUCUGCAGAUUUGUGAGGAUUAUGGUGCUACAGUUCGCGAUAAUCCCCCAUCGCCCGAACAGUUCGAGAAACUCAUCAAAGCAUAUCGCGAUGAACGUGAGAAGAUUUAUGUUGAACACGUAGCUGCAACUGCUGCUUUGGAAGUUACGCAGGAUGAAAUCGUUAGAUUGAUGAAAGAGAAAAGCAAAUUGACAAAAGCAAGAACGAAGGCACAACGGAGAGCAUUCAAGCAAAAAGUUAAGCUUCAAGCGACCAGAUCUCGAAAGAAUGCCGAGUCGGCAAAGGAAAAAUUACGUAUCAAGUCAGAGAGAAGUUUGUUCUGGCCAAAGAAAGUUUAUCGUGUUACUAUCAGUAUCGAGCCUACGAGCUCUGCCAUGACAUCUGGAUCAUCCCGUCCUAGCUCGGUAGCCAGUGACAUGACCGUCAACAACUACCAAGUCUCUAGCCGUCGAGCUACGGAUAUCAUUAGCCUCUCCAUUUCUUACAUUACCUAUGAAGUGUCGUGGUCUCCACGCUACGAUCUCAGCCUUAACACCUUGACUAGCACGGGUGUAUUAGAAUAUGCGGCCGAGCUAAAGAAUAUGACUUCAGAAACGUGGCGCGAUGCCAAAGUUCUUCUCUCAACUUCUCAAACAUCCAUCACUAGUUUUAAUGAAUCGAUACCAACCUUACCCCCAUGGAACGUGCGACUACUGAAAGGGGGGAGUAGAAACGCCGAAGCCGCUCUUUUCAGUACCAGUGAAAUUGCGGCCAAGAGAACGGAAUGGGCUGAUAAAAAUAAUCAACAUCUCCAGCAACCUCGAUAUCUCCUCUUCGGAUUCGAGCCAACUAACAAUAUAUUCGCAAACAAAGGUGGAUUCCCGAGUAACAAUUUGUUUGGCAACGCCCCAGCUCACCAUAAACAAAAUUUGUUUCCACCAGUUGCGGGAUUUGGAUCUACUGCACCAUCUCAAGGGCCCAGCACCGGUGCUAUUUUUGGAUCUAACAUAUCAUCCCAGAAUCCUGCCCCUACUGGUGGCUUAUUUGGGGCCCCUGCCUCAUCCCAAAAUCCUGUCACCAGCGGUGGUUUAUUUGGUGGCUUGCGUACAUCUACAGCCAACAACUCUGAGUCUGUUGCCGAGAACUCUGCCAACCAACCAGCUCACGGUAAUCCUCUCCUUAGUAGCGUCCAGCCUCUCAUACAUUCAGAGCAUAGCGCCAAUGUUUCCGCGCCUGGAUCAGAUAUCGGUGAUCCUACCGGCACCUUCGAAACGCCUCUAAUUCAACGUCUUCUUUCACCAAAACCCACCCUUACAUUCGAAGAAGGAGCUUGGGAAGAGUCCGGCAUGUCUACCACCUAUGAUCUCCCUGGCCUCAAAACUCUCAUGCCUUCAAACUCUGUCCUCAAGCACAAGAUUGCGAAAAUUGAGUUUAAGAAUAUUGGAUUUGAACACGUGGUUAUACCUAAGCUUCGGACGGUUGCAUUCCUCAAGGCCAAAUUACGAAAUUCAUCGAAAAUUCCAUUGUUAGCAGGCCCAGUAGGAUUAAAUUUGGAUGGCAGCUUUCUGGGUCAAGCUACCUUCCCAAGAUGUUCUGUUGGUGAAAGCCUGAGUUUGAAUCUUGGUGUUGAUCCAGCUAUCAAGGUCGUGUAUAACAAGCCCGAGGUACGACGUUCGCAGAGCGGAAUCUUCUCAAAAGAAGACAGCAACGUCUUCUUACGUUCUUUGUCCUUGCGCAACACGAGAAUGCAACGAGGUGUCAGUCUGUUAGUUAUGGAUCAGGUGCCUGUUUCCGAAGAAGAGAGACUUCGAGUCGAGGUUUUAGUCCCUCGAGGUUUGAAACCUGAUGGUGAUAGAAUUCCUACGGGCUUGAACUUGGAUGAUGAGAUGCUUCAAGGAGGUCGGGAGCGGGAAAGAGAUAGAGAUAGGGAGAGAACUUCUAGUAGUGGAGGCGAGCUUGUUCGUCGAAGUAAGAAAUCAGAUGCAUGGGGAACGGCCGAUGCAGAAUUGAAGAAGAGUGGAGAAGUUCUUUGGAAUGUGAGGCUGGCACCGGGAGCAGGUGUUAAAUUGGUGUUGCAAUAUGAGGCUGGAUUUCCAAGUGGAGAGACGGUGGUUAAUGCAUAG